AAGUUAGAAAAAUAUAGCUUUUUCCCCCACGGAGCCGUGCUGGUUCUGCAGCUCUGUGACAAGCCGCGGAAUCGGGGUUCUGUUCCGCAGGAUGGGGUUUGUGAAAGUUGUCAAGAACAAGGCCUACUUCAAGAGAUACCAAGUGAAAUUCAGAAGAAGGCGAGAGGGCAAAACUGACUACUAUGCUCGGAAGCGAUUGGUUAUCCAAGAUAAAAAUAAGUACAACACACCUAAAUACAGAAUGAUUGUUCGUGUAACGAACAGAGAUAUCAUUUGUCAGAUUGCUUAUGCCUGUAUAGAAGGAGAUAUGAUAGUUUGUGCAGCUUAUGCUCACGAACUCCCAAAAUAUGGUGUGAAGGUUGGCCUGACAAAUUACGCUGCAGCAUAUUGUACUGGCCUGCUGCUGGCCCGCAGGCUUCUUAAUAGGUUUGGUAUGGACAAAAUUUAUGAAGGCCAAGUCGAAGUGACUGGAGAUGAAUACAAUGUGGAAAGUAUCGAUGGUCAACCUGGUGCCUUCACCUGUUACUUGGAUGCAGGACUUGCCAGAACUACUACCGGGAAUAAAGUUUUUGGGGCCCUAAAGGGAGCUGUCGAUGGAGGCUUGUCCAUCCCUCACAGUACCAAACGGUUCCCUGGUUAUGAUUCAGAAAGCAAAGAAUUCAGUGCUGAGGUACACCGAAAGCACAUCAUGGGUCAGAACGUCGCGGACUACAUGCGCUACCUGCUUGAAGAAGACGAGGACGCUUACAAGAAGCAGUUCUCUCAGUACAUAAAGAACAACGUGACUCCAGACAUGAUGGAGGAGAUGUAUAAGAAAGCUCAUGCUGCGAUACGAGAGAAUCCAGUGUAUGAGAAGAAGCCUAAGAAAGAAGUUAAAAAGAAGAGGUGGAACCGUCCCAAAAUGUCACUUGCCCAGAAGAAAGAUCGGGUAGCUCAGAAGAAGGCAAGCUUCCUUAGAGCUCAGGAACGAGCUGCCGAGAGUUAAACCAAACCACAAUUUUCUAUCAAGAUUUUUCAGAUAAGACAAUAAUAAACUUAUUGAAUAAGCAAAAAAAAAAAAGAAAAA